AUGUUUUUUCAGACAAUCUUUACACACAUCAAAGAUCUCACACAGGGGAGAAGCCAUAUUCCUGCCCUGAGUGUGGGAAAUGUUUUUCAGAUAAGUCCCAUUUUAAAAGACAUCAGAGAUCUCACACAGGGGAGAAGCCGUAUUCUUGUCUGA